ACGAUAUUUUAUUGAGCAGUUUGAAACAUUUAAAAAGUUGUCCUGUCGGAGAAAAUAGUGUGGAACCAGUUGCCACGGACAUGUUUGAGCCCAUUCAAGACGAGCAGGAAUAUAGCCUGUAG